AUGACUACGAAGUAUCAUUCGGACGAACGUCCCCCUAGCCUGUCCGUUGUCGGUAUCGGUCUCCGACUUCCUGGGUCGCGCGACAAGAAAGAAUUUUUCGAGCUCUUGAAAGAGAGCCGCAGUGCCAUCGGCCAAGUGCCUCGUGACCGAUGGAACCCUGACACGAUGACCAAGCCGGGUGGUUUGCCUGGCAAGGUUGUGACGGAUCUUGGUGGCUGGGUUGACCCGCACACGGAAAUCGAUUCGCUCGAGUUCGGUAUUUCGCCGGCGGAGAGCAAGAGCAUGGACCCGCACCAGCUGGUCCUCACGGAGAUUGUGCACCAGGCUUUGGAAGACUCGGGUAUCCACUACCGUGGCACCAACACUGGUGUCUUCGUGACGGGUUCGCCCGAUGUGCACAAUCUCGGUAACGAUAUGUGGGACAUGGGUGCGUACAACGGUACUGGUACGGCGUUCUCGCUGCAGGCCAACCGUUUGUCGUUCCUGUUCGACUUGCACGGUCCGUCUGUGUACAUGGACACGGCGUGCUCGUCGGGUAUUACGUGUCUGCACUUGGCUCGUGCCUCGAUUCUGCGUGGCGACUGUGACAUGGCCGUCGUUGCUGCGGUCAACCUGAUCUUGACGCCGCAUACUUCGCUGUCGUUCUCGGCGCUGGGUACGUUGUCGCCGACAGGUAUUUGCCAGACCUUUGAUGCCGCAGCGGAUGGUUACUCGCGUGGUGAGGGUUGCACGGUCAUUGUCUUGCAGCGCACGGAGGAUGCUGUGCGCUGCGGUAGCCACAUUUACGCAGAGUUGACUGGUACUUCGAUCAAUGCCAACGGUAAGGGCAAGUCGAUUACCAUGCCCGAUGGUCCGAAGCAGAAGGCGGCGACCUACGCCGCCUACAAGGAGGCGCGUCGUGACCCCUCGGAGACGGUGUACGUUGAGUGCCACGGUACCGGUACGCCGGUCGGUGACCCUAUUGAGGCGAACACGGUCGGUGAGGUGUUCACGCCGGGCCGUGCGAAGGACGACUACCUGCGCAUUGGUUCGUCGAAGACCAAUGUCGGUCACUUGGAGCAUGCUGCUGGUCUUGUGCAGGUGAUCAAGAACUGCUACACGCUCGACAUGGGUCUGUUGCUUCCGCAGCUGAACUUUAAGAACCCGAACCCGAAGAUUCGUUGGGACGAGUUUCAGAUCCAGGUGCAGACCAAGACGGAGCCGCUGCCGGAAAAGAAGCUGACGAAGGACGGCAAGUUUGUGGCCUCGCUUUCGUCGUUUGGUUUCGGUGGUGCGAACAGUCACGCUGUGAUGGAGCGUGUGCCGAACAAGUCGCUGGAGCUGAAGGUGCAGCCACUUACGGACAAGGACCCGAUGCUGGUGGCUGUCGGUGCGUUGAGCAACCGUGCUGUGACGUCGCUCUGUGAGUCGAUAUCAGAGUCGUGGGCGGAGACCAAGGACCCGCUUACCGCCUCGCUGCUGGCACGUACGAUGACGGAGCGUGCGCGUGGUAACCCGAACCUGGCGUACGCUGUGGCGACGCUUGGCGAGACGCUUACCUUCUCGGACACGAGCGUGACCGCGUCGUCGGACUUCAACCCUAUCAAGGCGUUUGUGUUUAGUGGUCAGGGUCCGCAGCACGAGGAGAUGGGUCGUCACCUGUACAAGCGCUUCAGGGCGUUCCGUGCCUCGGUGGACAGGUCGUUUGAAAUCCUGCGCAAGUACCACAAGAAUGACUUUCAAGCGUACGGCCUGUUCAAGCCGGGCGUCGAGGCGAACGUUGCCAAGACCUCGGCAGGUGUCUGGACAGUGGAGUGCAUUGUGAUUGCCAUUGCCAUUUUCCAGAUGGCCCUGUUCGACCUGUGGAUGGAUCUCGGUGUGGAGCCUGAUGUGGUCAUGGGCCACUCGGUCGGUGAGAUUGCCGCGAUGUACGCCUCGGGUGCGGUUUCGCACGAGACGGCCAUUCGCACGGCCAUGGCCCGUUCGAACGCCCUGGCGCUGCUCGACAAGGUCGACGGUCAGAUGGCUGCACUGGGUAUCGGCCGUGAGGAGGCGGAGAAGCUCAUUGCUCGCAUUAUGAAGGAGCAGAAUGUCUCGGAGGGUCUCUGGAUCUCGGCCUCGAACUCGACGAACGCUGUGUCGAUCUCCGGUAAGACGAGUCUCUUGGAGGAGGUCGUCAAGGACUGUGAGGCGCAGGGCAUCUUUGCUCGUAUGCUGCGUGUUGGUGGUCCGUACCAUUCGCCGAUGGUGUCGAUCUGCGGCGAGCCUUUCCUGACGGAAGUGCGCCCGAUUGUGGAUGCGAAGAAGAACGUGCCUACGCGCCGCUUUAUCUCGACGGUCGAGGGCCGCAUGUACAAGCAGGGCGAGACGCUUGAUGCGAUGUACUGCUGGAAGAACGUCAGCGAGCCUGUGCUGUUCCGUGAGUCAAUGGAGGCGCUGCAUGCCUACCGCCAGGAGCAGGACCGUGGUAUGUUGGUGGUCGAAGUGGCGCCACAUGCUGUCCUGGGCUCGUACAUGGAGGAGAUUACGCGAUCCGUGAAAGGUGAACGUACGACGAUUGUGUCGUGUGCGCGCCGUCUCAACCCGAAGAAGGGCGAGACAAAGGACAUGCCUGUGGAGACCACGCAGUUCCUCGGCGCCGUCGGUGGUGCGCUUCAGUCGGGUGUGCGUGACCUCGUGGUGUACAAGCUGUACAGCGACGAGUUUGUGGACCGCCCGAUGGGUGUGAACUCGACGCUGAAGCUGCCCGAGUACCCCUUCCUGCCGCUGAAGAAGGGCCCACAUGAGAUGACCUACACGGAGCACCUGCGUACGAAAGAGCUUGAGCCGCCUGUGAGCAGCGAGCUGUUCCGCAUCAAUGCGCAGACGCACCCGUGGGUGUUGGGCCACAAGAUUCGUGGCUCGAUUCUGUUCCCUGGUGCUGGUUAUGCGGAGGCCGCGUUUGAGUCGGGUGCGCGCACGGUGACGAACAUGAAGAUCCACCGUGCGAUGGUCAUUGAGGAAGAGGGCAAGCCAAAGUACGCACAGUUCAAGCCGACGGGUAUCAACGGCGGCUGGGAGUUCCGCUCGUCGGGGAGGAAUGCUGUGAACGACCUGGGUAUCAUCUUUGAUCAGCUGCACGCUAGUGGUCAUAUGUCGAACGAGAGCACGCCGCUGGGCCCGUCGAGCAUUGAGGAGGUCCUGGGCAAGGACUACGCAGACAAGUUUGACAUUGUCAUGGACGGUGAGACGUUCUAUGCACGUAUCCGCCCGAACGGUUCGAUGCACACGGGCUUCUUCGGUAUGGUCAGCGAAGUGCGUGCCUCGUCGAAGCUGGAUGACGACUACAUUGCGUAUGUGGACAUUGCGCCGAACCUGUGGACGGAGCCGGAGUCGCGUGGUAUGAUUGUGCACCCGGGUCUGCUGGACGCUGCGUUCCUUUGCUCGUGGCUGCCUGGCCUGCCGUUCGAUGGCAGCAAGGUCGGGGUCGACACGUUCCUGCCUAGCGAGGUCGAUAUGAUUACGCUGCGUGGCACGCCGGAGGAAAUUCGCGCGGCGAAGCGCUACAUCCUCCACAUUCGCGAGAAGAUCAGCAACGACCAUGUGAUUAAGAACGACAUUGCCAUGUUCGACAGCGACACGGGCAAGAUGCUUGUGUACGUCAAGGGUCUGGAGUGCCAGCGUAUUCAGGACACGGGCAACCAGCGCGAGGGAUACACCGAGAGCUGGGAGCCGCGUGCAUUGGACGCGACUGUGAAGCCCACCGAGGCGUUCUCGCUGAAGCCGGAGCUUACGACCAAGUUCCUGGGCAACAUGGAAGGCGAGGACGAGUCGGGUGUUGUGGCGGAGGCGCUCAAGAGCGGCUCCGUCGUCGGCACGCAGCUGCAGGACGACCUGUUCAGCGUGCCGGGCUUCACUACGGAGACGGUCGAGAGCCUGAACACCAUGGUGCAGCAUGUGCUCAUGUCGUCGCACGAGAAACUGCCGCGCCGUGUGUUCCGUGUGCUUGAGAUGUACCCGCGCCACCGCAAGACGAACCUCCAGCCGCUGGUCCAGUGGGCCGAGCGCCGUGGUCUGUACGUGGACCUCGUGCGUGUGAACAUUGCGUCGGCGGAGCGUGGCUCGGAUGCGUUCUUGACUGGCCCCUACGAUGUGGUGGAGGCCUUGACAGAGUCGAGCCGUGCGAUCCCUGCGUCGUUCGACGUGGUCGUGGCGUGUGAUGCGCUGCGCUGCGCGUCGGAUGUGAGCGCGGCCCUCAAGGCCACGGAGGAGCUCCUGGUGCCGGGCGGUGUGGCUGUCUUUGCGGAGGUGAAGGAGGCGUCGCCGAUCGGUAAGCUGUACUAUGGCAACGGCGCGAAGGCCGCGUCGCUCUCGUCGCUCUCGUCGCUCGGCUCGUGCCCGGCGUUCGAGCUCGCGUACGUCCAGCGCUCAAGCGACGCGUGGCCUGCGAUCCCACAGAUCCCGACCAAGGAUGUGGGCUCGAACGACAUGUUCCGUGCGCUGGCCGACGACGAACUGGUGUACUACCACACGGCCGGCUCGGAGUACAAGCUGCCGGAGGCUAUCCGCCACCACUGGAAGUCGGAGUCGCCGAUCGGUAAGCUGUGGAUCAUCACCGACGACACGAUCGAUGGCGCACGUGCGAUGGGUCUCGCGGGUACGCUGACCAACGAGUUUAUGACCGUGAAGGGUAUCUACGUCGCCGUGGACCCUUCGCUGUCACGUGCGCAGCGCGACGGCCUGCUGGAGCUGCUCCACCAGCGUGAGGAGGAGGGCUCGUUGGAGAUGUUCAACAUCAUCCGCAACAACCGCCUGUACGGCCGUCGUCUCGUGAAGCUGCCGGCGAUGCACCCGACCGAGCAAAAGGGCCGCGACUGGGUCCUUGAGCUUACCGAGGGCCAGCCGGCCAGUGUGCAGGCGAUUGCGCCACACACGCACAACCCGCCGCCGCUGGACGAGCACGACGUGCUGGUGCAGACCGAUGCCGUGGCGCUCAAUUUCAAGAACAUUCUCUCGGCUACGGGUCUGCUGCCCGCCACCGACCGUCUCUCGGAGUUCAGCGGUGUGGUGCGUGACGUGGGCUCGGGUGUGACGCGCUUCAAGAAGGGCGACCAUGUCAUGGGUACCUCGGGUGGUGUGCGUGAGGGUAUCGUGGCGAUGGCCUCGGAGUACGCGCUGACCAAGGUGCCGACGAACAUGUCGAACCUGGAGGCGGCCGCAUUCCCGAUCGCCUACGGUACCGUCUGGCACGGUCUUGUGCACCUCGCGCAGAUCAAGAAGGGCGAGACGAUCCUCAUCCACGCCGCUGCCGGUGGUGUGGGUCUGUGUGCGAUCCAGAUUGCGCAGCGCUUCGGCUUGGAAGUGUUCUGCACGGUGUCGUCGCAGGAGAAGCGCGACUACCUGCACAAGAACCUCGGCGUGCCGUACGAGAACAUGGCCAACUCGCGCUCGAUUGCGGCCUGGCUGCAGGGCGGCCGCGACUGGCUCGCGAAGCGCGGCAAGACUGGCUUCGAUGUGGUGCUCAACUCGCUGCAGGGCGCUGCGCUGCAGGCAGGUAUCGAGGCGCUCGACUACCUCGGCCGCUUUGUCGACAUUUCGAAGCGUGACCACUUGGCCGGCAACCCGAUGUCGAUGAGCGGUUUCUCGAAGGCCAUCAACUACAUUGCGGUGGAGUUGGGUCUGCUGGGUGUGCACGCGCCACAACGCAUGGCUGCGCUCCUCGAUGAGAUUGCGAAGGAGCACGAGCGUGAGCCGUUCAAGUGCCUGUACGGCCACAAGUUCGAGGGCUCGCAGGGUCUCGUGGAGUCGUACAAGCUGAUGGAGUCGGGUAAGCACAUCGGUAAGAUUGUGACCGACCUCAGCUCGUCGUGCAAGCCGGACUCGGUCGAGAAGCUGUGGGCUGCCUACAAGGUGUACGACCCACGCAAGUCGUACGUCCUGGUCGGUGGCUGUGGUGGUCUUGGCCCGCGUCUUGUGCAAUUCUUGAUGUACCUGGGUGCGCGCAACAUUGUGCUCACCGGUCGUCGUGGCCAGAUCAGCCGUUCGGACCGUCUGGCGCUCGAGCGUCUGGUGCGUGACCCUGCGUUCCCGAACGUCACGAUCAAGAUCAUGGCGGCCGAUGCGCUGAGCCCGAACGCCAUGAAGGACGUAUUCGACACGGCCUCGUCGCUGGGUCCUCUCGGCGGUGUGUUCCUCAUGUCGGUCGUGCUGCGUGACGACGUGUUCAUGCAGAUGGACCAGGAGAAAUUCGAGACGGUGAUCAACUCGAAGAUCGGCGCGCUGAACGUGAUCCGCGAGACGAUCAACAUCGACGACCUGGACUUUUUGUUCCUCUUCUCGUCGACUGCUGCGCUGUUCUUCAACCCUGGUCAGGCGAACUACAACGCUGCACAGGCAUACUUCAACCGCUUCGCGAUGGAGCGCCGCAACGUCAUCUCGUACGCUGUGCCGGCCAUUUCGGACAUCGGUGUGUACGCCCAGAUGCGUUCGAAGUCGAACAACGCCGCGCUGAAGGUCAUGGAUGCGCUCGCGUGCACGUCGCGUGAGCUGUGUACCUCGAUUGCGCAGUCGGUGGCUCGUCUCGUGAUGGGCGGCUCGAACCACAACGGCUACUUUAUCCAGCCGAUGGACUGGGAGAUGAUGCAGGAGAUCUCGCCGGCGAACGCCUGGAGUAUCUCGCAUCUGAUUGAGCACCACGACGACGAUGCCGACGAGGGCGACGACGAGGGCGACAACGCUGACCCUGUUGGCGUGCUCCUCGGCAAGCUGCUCAACGUCGACAUCGAGACGGUCGACGACACCAUGUUCUUGUCGACGCUCGGUCUCGACUCGCUCUCGGCCUCGAAGCUGAGCGCGAUUCUCCUGGCCGAGUUCGGUACCACGGUGACGCAGCUCCAGCUCCUGGGCCCUGUCUCUGUGGCUACGCUGCGUCAGAUCGUCGCCGACUCGCAGGCCGAGAAGGGCGACAGCGCAGCCGCGCCAGCCAAGAAGGGCGGUGCAGCGAAGCCAAAGGCGCCGGGUGCCAACAAGCCGGAGACGGCCAAGGUGAACACCAGUGCGCUGGCCACGAUCGACUACGCGUCAGAGCCGGAGAAGCUCGACGACUUGCCGCCGUCGGUGGUGGGUCUUGUGCCGUUCGAUGCCAAGACGCUCUCGCCGGAGAACAAGCAGGAGGUCCUCGUGACGGGUGCGACGGGCUACAUGGGUGCGACGGUGCUCGAGGCUGUGCUUGAGGCGUUCCCCAACGCCCAGGUCACGGCUGUGGUGCGUGGCUCGCCAGAGGGCGGCCUCGACCGUAUCAAGGAUGUGGCGACGAAGCGCCACCUCAAGACGCUCUCGCACCUUGACCGCGUGAAGGCCGUGUCGGGCGACGUGACCAAGCCCAAGCUGGGUCUCUCGAACGCCGACUGGGCCAUGCUUGCGAGCUCCGUGGACCUGAUUGUGCACGCGGCCGGUAAGGCGGACCACUUGGCUGGCUACCAGAGCAUCGCCGAGGAGAAUGUGCUCUCCACGCGCGAGGUGCUGCGUCUCGCUUCGGAGCAGAAGGUCAAGGCCGUGCUCAACAUCGGCUCGACCAACAUGUGGCUCACGUUCACAAGCGAGGACAAGGGCGACGAGGUCGUGCAGGAGGAUGUCGACCUGGAGAGCCUCAAGACGGGUCUCUUCAACGGCUACUCGCAGUCGAAGUGGGUGGCUGAGAAGCUCUGCCAGCGUGUGCGCUCGCGCGGUGUGCCUGUGAUUACCGUCCGCCCUGGUGCGCUGGGUGGUAGUGCAAAGGGCAAGUACGUCCCGAACGAGGACAGCUUCUUGUGGCGCAUGUUCAACGGCUGCCAGCAGCUCGGCUACGCUCCGUCGUCGACCUCAUCGGCGUUCACGGAGACUCCUUCGGACUGGUUCUCGGAGAUCCUCGGCAAGCUGAUGUCGUCGCCGAAGACGUGGUCGAGUGACCAUGCCGUGUUCCAUAUCCGCAACGAAACCCCGAUCCGUGUGGAGGACAUGCCGUCGCGCCCGGGUGUCUCGAAGCCCAAGGUGGUGCCGCAUGCCGAGUGGGUCGACCACUUCCAGAAGGAGGCGGCCAACCCGUCGUCGACCAACCCGCUGGCGCCGCUCAGCGGCUUUGUCUCGAAGGGCGAUCUGGCUCACCUCCCGCACUUUGACCAGUCGAACACCAAGGAGGUGCUUGGCAACCAGUGGGUGGACUGCCCGCCGUACAAGUUUGACUUUUAA